AUGGCAUUAUCUGACGGUGCUCUUAAGGUAUUAUGUGAACAGUUAAGAGACAUUGCACUAGACUUCUGUAAUACUUCUGAUGAAUGCAAUGGAUGGUUUGGUAAAAAACAUAUCCUAUUUUUUGAAGAUCUAAUGCAACUUAUGCCAGUUGCUCAAGAUGCAGUUUACAUGGAUUUAUCAUCUGAUGAUAUGCAAAAAUGUCUUGAAUCUAUGGGACAUUUUAAUAUUUGGAAACAAUUGGUUGAAUAUGAUGAACUUACUAUAAAUAUGCGUCAGCGAAAUAAUGAUGCCUAUGGGAAAUUUUUGUCUCGGUUGAGGGUUGGAUCUAUGAGGAAAGAAGGUGUUCAGCUGUUAAGCACUCGGAAUAUAAAUUUAGAUAUAUUCUCUGUUGGUGACAGACUCGAUGAACUGUGUAAUUAUAUACAAAAAUUGCCUUCCUCUGCUGUAUGCUUGUUACCAACUAAUGAAAUGUGUGAUGCAAUAAAUUCUGCUAUGUUAGACAAAAUAAAAACACAAGAAAUAUAUAAUCUCUGUGCAAAUGAUACCAUCGAUUGUGAGCCUAUUUAUCGGAAAAAUGCAGAAAAAGACUUAGCUCACAAUAAAUAUGAUGCUAGUCGAUCAGUUGGUUUAGCAAAAAAUAUGACAAUUAAAAUCGGUGCAAAAAUCAUGAUUAGACGAAAUAUUGACUACACAUUAGGCAUGGUCUAUAGUGCGCUUGGUACAGUUGUAUCUGUUUCAAAGAGUAUGGAUGGUAAAAACUUCCAAUCAUUUGUCGUCAAAUUAACUAAAGGAGGUCAUGAUUGUAUAGUUGAAAGAAUAGAUGUGAAAUUCCAGUUCGUAAUACGUUCACAACUUUCUAUUUGUGUUAGUUACGCAAUGACAAUACAUAAAUCUCAGGGAGUUAUUUUAGAGUGCGCUAUUGUUGACGUCGGUGAAAAGUCUUUUGCCAAAGGUAUGACUUACGUUGCACUUUCCGAGUUACAACAUUAA